CUUCAUGUUGAGCGAUGGAUCGUAUUUCAACACAUCGAUGUAUCGAACUAGAAACAUUUAGCGAUGCAUCCUUCAUUAGACAUGCCUCCUAAAUGUUAAUAAAUUGGAAUAUAUUGGAAGAGCUUGAGCUCGAAGUUUGAAUAAACAUUUGAAUGUGAUAAACUUGCCCGGUAAUUAAAUGUGCCCUGAAAUUAAUGUGAUGUCGACUGUAUGUGAUGGCGGGUAAAGAGUUAGUAAGCCAUCAGCAGCAGUUUGUUGAAGAAAUUAACUACAAUGAAAUUGAAACCGAGCAGGUAGUAGGAAAAGGUUCUUUUGGAGUAGUGUGGAAAGGUAAAUGGAGAGGGCAAUAUGUUGCUGUAAAAUACAUAAAUUCAGAAGGUGAAAAAAAGGCUUUCACAGUAGAAGUCAGGCAAUUGUCAAGGGUUGUACAUCCUAAUAUUGUUAAACUCUAUGGAGCUUGCACAAAAAAUCCAGUUUGUCUUGUUAUGGAAUAUGCAGAAGGAGGUUCCUUAUAUAACAUUCUGCAUUGUAAUCCACAGCCACGGUAUACUGCAGGUCAUGCAAUGAGCUGGGCUCUACAAUGUGCACGUGGUGUUGCAUAUCUUCAUAAUAUGAAACCAAAACCUUUGAUACAUAGAGACCUAAAACCACCGAAUCUGUUAUUGGUAAUGGGUGGACAAACCCUUAAAAUUUGUGACUUUGGUACAGCUUGUGAUUUAAAUACAUAUAUGACUAACAAUAAAGGUUCUGCUGCUUGGAUGGCUCCAGAAGUAUUUGAGGGUUCUAAGUAUACAGAAAAGUGUGAUGUAUUCAGUUGGGGUGUUAUUCUUUGGGAGAUAUUGUCCAGGAAGAAACCAUUCGAUGAAAUUGGCGGCUCUGCAUAUAGAAUAAUGUGGGCAGUGCAUGUGGGACAGAGGCCUCCUUUAAUUGAGGGUUGUCCAAAACCAAUAGAAGAUCUCAUGACCAGGUGUUGGCAUAAAUCUCCUGAAGAAAGACCAUCAAUGGACGAAGUUGUAGAAACAAUGACAAUCCUUUCACAAUUUUUCGGUGACCAUUUGGAACCUGUUGAAUAUUCUUUAAGUGCUGAAUCUGACGAAGGCAACGAAAAUGAUGUUUCUAAAGAUGAUACUUUAGAUGUGACUAGCACUUUAGAUUCACAAAUAAACGGAUACCCUACUAAUGGUACUAUAAGAGUUAGUGUACCUGUUUCUAAAGAAAAGUCAGAAAUUAUAAAUGGAAAAGAUAGUUCAUCAACUCCCUUGUACGAUUUCAGAGAUGUUUCUUGCAAAAAUAAUAAUUCAUUAGACAAUACAACUCACACAAAAUUUCAAAAUAAAAAUUUUGCACCGCUUCAUAUCGAUUGCGAUCCGAAUGCUUGGGAAUUACCAAGUUCCGAUUUACCAUUGGACUCACCUGUACUGAAAGCAAAGAAUACCGUGCAAAAUAAUAGUACAACCAAUGAAGACCUAGAUAAUGUGUAUCGUUUGCUGGAUGCAGAUUUGAGACCAUUAACACCAGAUCAAACUUGUGAAAGGUCAAAAGAAAUUUUUGAGGAGCACAAGCAGCUAGCACAGGAAUAUUUGAAAGUACAAACAGAAAUAGCCCUCUUAGGGCAACAUAAAAACGAAAUGCUUAAAAAUCUCACUUUAGACAGUUUAAGGCAGCAGGAGGAACUUAGAAAACUUGAAGAUGAAAAGGAAUCCUUAAUAAAGCUGUAUCGAAAUUUAAAACGCCAGUUGGAAAUAAUGAAGAACCAAAGAAUAAAUAGUGGCCUUUCGAGCAACUCUCAAAUGAUGGGUCCCGCAGUUUCAGGAAACAAUGGGUGGUUUAUGGUACCUUGUCAAGAUCCCUCGAGACACACCUGAAUAUCAGGAAUAUCUAGAUGAAAGGAAGAAGUUUGUUUUUGUUACUACGUCUAAAAAAAGACGUCUUCGUAUUUCGAUAUCAACGGAAAAUGUGCAAUUUUCUGUGAAAGUAACGGGAAUUCUUUGCAAAAACGGAUACAAGGAAUUAACUACGAAGAAAGUAGUUAUUAUUUCACAGCAUAAACUGCCUAUAAAACGCUAUACUUAAACACUAAAUAACUAUUUUUUUUUCAUUUAAUAGAAACUUCUGCUAAGUUUCCUGCAAAUUUUGAAACCGUUUCCGAAUACUUUAUUUUUUGAAUAAAGAGUUAUAGAGGAUUUUAUUA